CCUGGUUGUGUGUUUUUAUUGCUGCUGCAUAGUUUUACUAUAAUUUCAUCAGCUGCUGCUUUGAUGUUGGAAUGAUGACACUGAACACAGACAAGGUGCAUGGCGGGAUGGACCUCAUUGACCUUCUUCUCAGGAAGACAGAUGAAACCACCAGUUGCCACAGCAACCAACCAUGGACUAUCACAAUUCAUGAAACCCAGAGCCCUGAGGGAAGCUCUGGUGACGACUUCUUGGACGCCCUGCUGGCCGAGAGCGACUCCUCCUCUGUUCCGGCGUCCCCCCUGUGGUCUCCAUGCACCACUGACAGCGGCAUCGCUGAGGACGCCCCGUCAGACAGCUUUCACCCUCCCUUCUGCACCGCUUUCCCAGCCUUUGACACACAAUCUUUCCCUCAGCCUCCACCUCUGCAGAACCGGCCACCACCACAUGAAAAAAUGUCUGACGUUUCCAUUGAUCUAGGCUGGGAGUCUGAUGACCUCCAAGAGCAUUUUGGCAUCGCAAACUACCUCACUACCAGUCAAACCUCCCCUCUGUCCUGCAGUCAGACGCUCACAGUGAAGGACCUGCUGCUUUCCAGCCCAGGGCAAAAUGCGCAGCGCAUCCCGCAGCAUUCCCUGCAGGAUCUCGUCCUUAAUGAGGAUGAGAAGAAGCUGCUGGCUAAAGAAGGGGUGAACCUACCCAGCAAACUGCCUCUGUCCAAGUUUGAAGAGAGGGUUUUAAAGAAGAUCCGGCGGAAAAUCCGCAACAAACACUCGGCUCAAGAAAGCCGGAAGAAGAAGAGGGAAUAUGUUGAUAGUCUGGAGGGAAGGAUGUCUGCAUCUAGUGCUCACAACCUCAAGCUGCAGAGGAGGAUCCAGCAGCUAGAGGAGAUCAACAAUGAUUUGCUGGAGCAGCUAAACCGGCUACAGUCUCUCCUUCCAAACAGCAAAACAACACACAAAGGGACGUGCAUCCUGGUUUUGCUCCUCUCCUUCUCCCUGCUCAUUUCCUCAAAUCUUCAGCCAGACCCCUACAGCCAACCAAGCCGAGGAGAGUACACACAGACUAAAGUGCCGUCCCGCUCCCUGCAAACGAUGGAUGAAAUGCGAGAAGCCCCUCCUCUUCCUCUCUUCUCCAUCACCAGGGGUUUUGACGCACUGUACAGGCUGAUGGAGAAGCUCUGACCCCGGACAGAUCUCCCCAAGGCAGAUUUCUCAUCUUCUCAGCACCGGGAUCAAAGGCACUGGGACCAACACUGAUCUCCUCGGGACCCCCAGGAGGACAGAUGUAGCAGAGGAAAGCAGGCUUGCUUGCAAGCGCAGCAUCACAAUGAGAAAUUUGAUUGCUUUUCACCAUCUGUUUUUCACCACAGAGACUGAGCAAGGUGUUAUGGUGUAUUUACCUCCAACACACAAACAGCUAUUUCAAAGAUUUGAGGUCUGUGAGGACGUCAUCCAAAUAGAUGUAAUUUUUCAUUUUGCUUUGGAAAACAGAGCCUCUGGGGCCUGGUGGAGUAUGUAUAAUAAACAGUAAACACUGCUGCAAGAUGUAGGCAUGUAUGAUCUGUAAAACAACACAAAUGUAUAUUCAUGUCUGUAAAUUAUUAUUUACUUUUAAUGUUUUUAUGUUGAAAAAU